AUGGCUGUGAAUCUGCUGGAGGAUUGGUGCAAGGGGAUGGACCUGGAACCCAGGAAGGCCGUGCUGAUCGUGGGCAUCCCUGUGGAGUGCAGUGAAGAGGAAAUUACAGAGACCCUGAAGGCGGGCUUACAGCCCCUGUGUGCCUACAGUGCGCUGGGCAGAAUGUUCAGAAGGGAAGACAACUCUAAGGCAGUUUUCAUCGAAUUGGCUGACGAGGUCAAUUAUGCUACGAUGCCCAAUCAGAUCCCAGGAAAGGGAGGUACCUGGCAAGUGGUGGUGAAGCCCCAUAGCCCAGAUGAUGAAUUUAUCAACAGACUGAACUACUUCCUGAAAGAUGAGGGCUGGAGAAUGGUAGAUGUGGUCAAUACCCUGGAGCAUAGCACUUACCCUGAGGAGGUAGAGCCAAAAGGCUUGGCUCAAGUCGAGCCACCAGUCCCGCAGCCUCUGAAAGAAAGCAUGUGGUACCCAAAACUGAAGGUGUUUUCGGGAAGCACGUUCCCAGACUCAGGCGAAGAGAACUUCGAAGCCUGGCUAGAGCAGGUGACUGAGAUGAUGCAGAUGUGGCAGGUGCCUGAGGUAGAGAAGCAGCGGCGUUUCCUGGAAAGCUUAGAGGGCCGGGCCAACAAUGACUCCAUGACUGUGGAGCAGUGCCUGGACAUCCUGAAGCAGAUCUUCGGGAAUAAAGAGGACUAUAGAACCUCACAUUUAAACUUCCUCCAGACAUGCCAGAAGUCCGGAGAGAAAGUCUCUGAUUUUUUGCUAUGGUUAGAGCCCCUGCUGCAGAACGCCCUGCAGCACAGCCCCUGGUCAGUGAGAAGCGCAGACAUGAUUCGCCUGAAACACGUCCUGGCUCAGGCCUCCAUGAGCACCGCCCUCCAGGGCAAGCUCAAGCUCCUGGAGCAGCGAAGGUGUGCGCCCACUUUCCUGGAGUUACUGAAGCUCAUUUGAGAUGAGGAGUGGGAGGCCACCAUGGCAGUGGCCAGGGAGAAGCAGAGGCAAGUGGGAAGGGGCCGCAGGGCCUCUGGCCCCCAGGUACUGGCAGAAACCAGUGUGCCAGCCCCUCCGGUCAUGGUGCAGGCACGGCUGUUUCGUGGGAGCAGUGCUGAGACCGUCCAGGAAGGGGCUACCCUGUCACUGAAGCGCAGGCAGGUGCCGUGCCUCUGCGGGACUGGGGAGGAAGGCCACAGCCAGGCAGCGUGUCCUAGGGCCGAGAACCAGCCCCCAACAAAGCAGAAGCCUCAGCUUGCAGCAGAGGAGUUGGGAAACGAGAUGGGGGCUGGGGCCAUGAGCCACCCCAAGCCCGAGGAAGCAUAG